GUACUAUGAAGACAUGCGGUGCACACAGUUCGCAGCAGCGGCAGCAUCACAGCUACAGGCAGAGGGACACGCCGUCCUCUUCACAGACCUGGCACAAGCACCACCAGAGUCUGAUGACUCCUCAGGUCCAGAUGAUGACACGGACCCAGCCACCAGACUCCAAACAAGCAAAGAGGCUAAGGCCUUAGAAAGGGAAAUCCCAUGGCGAAGCAUUCUCAAGCUACCGCCAAAAGACAUCGAAGCCUACAUCCAGUCCAACCAGAAGGAACGAGGCUGGAUGAAUUGGGGCUCCGUCCAAGCGGUGCCAGAUGAUGAAGCCGCAGCAAUCCUCAGCAAUCCAGCCAGACGCAAACGCGUCUUGAGAAGCAGGGCACGCUACAGAAACCAAAGCAAGAUCCCAGAUCAACCGCAGGCCAAAACCAGAGUCGUUGCCUUAGGGCACCUGGACCCAGAUCUGCGCCGGAUCUCCCGGGAUUCUCCAACGCCCAUGCGCGUUAGCGAAUACAUCCUCCUCAGCAUCUACAUAGCAGGAGCCAACAACCUCAUGGAGAACGACCCCGUUCCCUGGCUCCUGUGGCCUGGAGAUGUGAGCGCAGCCUUCACGCAGGGCAGCUUUGAGAUUGAAGAGAGGCCAGAACCUCUCUACCUACUGCCACCCCGAGAUGAGAUCACCCUCAGAGCCGGCGCCUUCAAGGCCAAACUAUACCUUGUGCUCAAGAACAUUUACCGGCUAGCCAGCGCUCCACGAACGUGGUUCCAGAGGUAG